AUGGUCCGCCUCCGUGAGUCCGCCCCUAGGACCCUGGGGAACGAGAAAGUGCGUCAGUUCCAAUGGGACACUGAUUCCGGAAUGUCUGUGUCCGUCAUCUCUUUUGGAGCCGCAGUCUAUUCCAUCCGUAUACCCGACAAAAAAGACAUAGUCGCCGACGUUUGCCUCGGCUACGACGACAUCGCGAGCUACGCGAAGAUCAACACACCCACUCUGCUUGGAGCGCCAGUAGGGAGAGUUAUCAACCGCAUUAAGGACGCUCGGUUUGAGCUGGAUGGGCAAACUCACCAUGUCGCGCAGAACUUCGGGAGGCACUUCUUGCAUGGAGGCUAUGAGGGUUUCCAUAAGAAAAACUGGAAUGCAGAAAUCAACGGCAACCGAGUCUUGUUCAGCUACCUAUCCAAAGACGGCGAGGAAGGUUUCCCCGGAGACCUGAUCACCACCAUUAUCUACGAGGUCACUGAUGACAUGAUAAUUCACCAAGACUUCAUAGCAACUACUUCCAAGAAGACUAUUGUGAAUCUGGGCAACCAUGCUUAUUUUAAUUUGGGAGGCCAUGAUGCAGGCGCUGACGCGCUGUAUGAGCACAUUGCUUUAAUUAAUUCCGACAAGAUAACCGAUGGAGACGAGGAAUUCAUGCCAAACGGCGAAUUCAUCGCAGUGGGCGGCACACCCUUCGAUCUCCGCACACCCAAGCGGUUGGGUGACCUCAUCAGAAACGUUGGGCCCAUCUUCCAUCACAACUUCUGUGUUACAAACUAUAACGAAAAGACGCUUAACUUCGUCGCGCGCAUGCACCACCCGCCUUCAGGUCGCUCACUUGAAGUCUACAGCAAUCAACCCGGCCUGCAGUUCUGUACCGGCUACUACCUGCUUCACCCACCCGAAUUACCGCGAUCUGGCAACCCUAUACCCGGUAGAGGAGGCACCGGCUACCAACGCCAUGGUGGCUUCUGCCUCGAAACACAGAACUACCCCGAUGCCAUCAACCAUCCAAACUUCCCUAGCCCUAUUCUGAAACCUGGUGAGGUGUACAGACAUAGGGUUCAGUAUAGGUUUGCAGUGGAUAAGUGAGAUGGUGCUUGUAAAAAGGUACCUUGUGAUCUGAUUA